AUGCUUGGAGUGAUGACUUUCGGUUUUCAAAUGUUUAAAGUGAUUACAUUCAGUAUUCAAAUAUUUGGAGUGAUGACAUUUGGUAUUCAAGUGUUUGGAGUGAUGACAAUCGGUAUUUAAAUGUUUAGAGUGAUGACGUUUCGUAUCCAAAUUUUUUGGAGUGAUGACAUUCAGAAUUCAAAUGUUUGGAGUGAUGACAUUCCAAAUUUUCUUUUUUCCUUUUUUUUUUUUUGAUUUUUAGGACUUUUAGACUUUUGAUUUUUUUCGAUUCCUAGGAUUUUUUACGUUUUUUAGUGUAUAGAUUGUAAUAUAUUUGACACUGUAAAGCGCAUUUGGCCUUUAGGAAAAUGCGUGAUAGAAAUAAAUUAUUUAUUAUUAUUAUUUAUUCCGAAUUUAAAUGUUUGGAGUGAUGACGUUCGGUAUUCAAAAGUUUGGAGUAAUGACAUUCGGAAGUAAACUGUUUGGAGUGAUGAUAUUUGGAAUUCAAAUAUUUGGAGUGAUGACAUUUGGAAUUCAAAUGCUUGAAGUGAUGAUAUUCGAAAUUCAAAUGUAAAUGUUGCGAAUGAAGACAUUCGGAAAUGAAAUGUUUCCAGUGAUGACAGGAUCGGAAUAAAAUGUUUGGAAUGAAGACAUUCGCAAUUCAAAUGUUACGAGUGAAGACAUUCGGAAUUCAAGUGUUUGUAGUGAUGACAUUCGGUACGUAUUCAAAGUUUGACGUGAUGACAUUCGGAAUUCAAAUGUUUGGAGCGAUGACAUUCGAAAUUCAAAUGUUGCGAGUGAUGACAUUCGGAAUUCAAAUGUUUGAAGUGAUGACAUUCGGUAUUCAAAUGUUUGAAGUGAUGACAUUCGGUAUUCAAAUUUUGAAGGGAUGACAUUCGGAAUUCAAAUGUUUGGAGCGAUGACAUUCGGAAUUCAAAUGUUGCGAGUGAUGACAUUCGGAAUUCAAAUGUUUGAAGUAAUGACAUUCGGAAUUCAAAUGUUUGAAGUGAUGACAUUCUGUAUUCAAAUGUUUGGAGUGAUGACAGUAUCAAACGUUUGGAGUGGUCAGGUCAGCUGUGCCUCGCCUCCUACCAGUUUACAAUGUAACCUGGUACAACCAGUGUCAUAA